ACGUCAACGUCUCUCUGGCCCCGCGCGGAGCUGGUCGGGGGCAGCAGCAGCAGCGACGUCACACUCCGGCGGCAUCAGAGCAGCACGGACGGCCAUCCGCGCAGCAACGAGUCUCUUCCCGGAACUCUGCGGAAGAAGACGGUCGCUGGUGCACGGCUCUCCGCCUACCGAGGGACCGCCUGGACGGACUGCGACGUAGCCGUCUCUUGGAGCUCAGUGUCUAAGUAACACCCAAGGACCACCAGGCUUGAGCAAACACAAGUUGGUGAUGACCAGUGUGGCAUCCCUCAGAAGGACAUCACUGGCCGCGGACACAGAGAACAGAUGUUUGCAGUGAAGGACGAAGGUAGCAACGCAUCCCAACGCCACUCCACGGACUGCUCUGAAGAAAUGAGGCGAGCACGCAGGCUCUCGGCGGCGCUCGUGUAGACGCUCGCUAACCUGCCGGCCCUUCUUUACGUCUCCCCCGGGGUUCGACUCGCCUGUCUGGAGCGCCGGGGCCGGCGGUGACCGAGCGAAUCGCGACAGCGGCGCGAGCGAACUCCACAGAACGACAGACGCAUUUAGCUCGGAAGGGAGUUUCCUUUUUGUUUGUGUGUGUUCUUCUUUUCUUUUUACAAAACGAACGACAAAGCUUUCCUUAUCUCACCCGCGGCUUUGCACCUGAACCGGCUCGCCUUUUGUGUGUGUUUUUGGCCGAGGAGCAGAGCGGAGAGGAGGUCGUGCCGGGUGCUGCGUGCCAAGGAGGAGCUGGAGGUGUGGAGGAGAGCUGAAGAUCAUGGGCAAAUCCAACAGCAAGCUCAAGCCAGAGGUGGUGGAGGACUUGACGAGGAAAACCUACUUUACUGAGAAAGAGGUGCAACAGUGGUACAAAGGCUUCAUUAAAGACUGUCCCAGUGGGCAGCUGGAUGCGUUGGGCUUUCAGAAGAUAUACAAGCAGUUCUUUCCUUUUGGAGAUCCCACAAAGUUCGCCUCCUUUGUCUUCAAUGUCUUUGAUGAAAAUAAGGAUGGACGCAUCGAGUUCUCCGAGUUCAUCCAGGCCUUGUCAGUGACUUCCCGGGGGACUCUUGAUGAAAAGUUGCGAUGGGCUUUCAAACUCUAUGACCUUGACAAUGAUGGCUACAUCACCCGAGAUGAGAUGUUGAACAUCGUGGAUGCCAUAUAUCAGAUGGUGGGGAAUACCGUGGAGCUGCCAGAAGAAGAAAACACACCAGAAAAGCGAGUGGACCGCAUCUUUGCAAUGAUGGACAAGAAUGCAGAUGGGAAGCUGACUCUGCAGGAGUUUCAGGAGGGUUCAAAGGCAGACUCUUCUAUUGUUCAGGCAUUGUCUCUCUAUGAUGGACUUGUGUAGGAAUGUAAGGGGGCGACCGUCGUGACGACUUCUCGGAUUGGAUCCAUCGCCGCAGCCAUCCGCCAGUCCCACGCCAUCACACCUGCCAGGGGAGGACGCCACGUUAAACCCGCUUCACCCAGAUGUGGACUGCAAACCUUCGUUGUCGCACGGCCGUACGGCAUUUGUGUCAAGUAGCUGUUAAUCUACAUUUCCCGUUGGGAUUAUAAACAAAUGUGUCCUCUGAUGUGACGGAGAAGUCCCACAUGUCGGCAAAAAAAAAAAAAAAAACAUUUAUCCGUGCUUCACUUGGCACCGCGUGAGUCUUGUGGACCGUGUCCGAGCAUCUCUGCCAACGCAGUGUUGUGGUUCCGGUCUGAGGAGCUGAAUGCCCCCCCCCCGAGGUGUUGGUGUGUGCGUCUUGUCCGCAUAUUGUAAACCAGAGCAUGCGCACGGAGCGCUCAGAGGAGCUCUGCUGCUGCUCCACCACCAGAGACUCUAAACCCGGGAGGAUCUGGAAGAAUGUGUGACUGUGAUAAUGUGUACAUUGUAUAAUGUAAAUAGAAUGGUAAUUUAUUUUACGCUUUGCUGCUUUUAUGGGCGUUUCCGCAAAAGAAUGGAAUGAAGUUUUAUUUUUUAAUCCAAGGUGUUGAAAUGUAUUUGCACUGUUUUUCCUUCUUGUGGAAAUAUUUGUUUCUCCCAUACCGAGGUUUCCUUUUCCUGGUUGUUAUUUGAACAGUGUUUAAGGAGCCGGGAAGUUUUCUAUGGAUCGUUUUACUAUGUUUGCAGUCUCUGCAUCCUAUUGUGUUUCUACUUCCCCGGUCCACUCGCCUCUAGUGUCUGCAGUGUUGCACAUCCUGAACGACAUGACCAAGCGACACUGCACAUUCUCACAGCUUGCAUCUGUACCCGGUCUCAUUAUUUCUUUUGAGGGCAUGGCAGUGGGCACACAGAGCCCUGGUCGUUGAGGCACAAACAGACAUCACUUCUGGUUGUAAAACUCGUAUGCAAGCUCUGCGGUUGCAAUUGUCGACUUUGUGUUGUUCCUGUGAGGUCCGAGCAUGCUACAUGAUGGCUACAUGAUGCCAUUUUUAAAAAUUGUUUUCGUUUCAACAUUUCCAAUGUUUUAUCAGCUUUACUGAUUUGUAUGCUUUAUGCGAAGGAUAAUUUACUGAAUGAUUAAUGUCAUCUACCUGUUGAUUAACAGUAUAAGAGCACAGAAUAAAAUGUAAGUGAAACAUU